AUGAUAUCAGCCGUAACGCGGAAUAUCAAGUUAAAGAAUUGUCGAGCGUAUCGGUACACGCGACGGGAUAACUUUGCUGAAGAAAAGAAAAAGAUAAAAAUUACUGGAAGGGGAUCAGAUGCCUGGUGUGCAAAGGCCCGUGAUAGGUAUACCGUGCGGUUCCUUGUGCAAUCAACAAUGAGCGAGUUACAAACGGUUGCAAUAUAACGUAGUACUCGAGGGACACGUGCAACCACCUUUCCUUACCCUUGGAAGAAGGAAGCCUCUGUACAAGACCGAGAAUUAUCGCGACCACUUUCCAACGCGUAUUACGCGGAUAUACCAAGAGACAGGCAAAAUUCCAGAAACUCGAGAAUAUUGUAUCGUUUUGAAUUUGAAGGUGACAAGUACGACCAACGCCCACAUACUUCAAGCAUCGAUCAUAAUCAAUUAACAAUUCUGACGUAGAAU